AUUGGAAAUUCCAGGAUGAGAAUUUACAUUCAGAGAUGUUGAAUUGGAAAAUCCUCCUGGUUCAGGAUCUUGCAGUUAAGCUUGGAAGGACAUUUUACAACUGAAAGAAUUAUUUUCUGAAAACUUCCCUUUUGACUGGCGUGCAUCCUGAAGGGUGGAAUAAUGUGCGGUAGAGCCACUGCUUUCCUGAAUCUGCUCCAGGCAUUUAAACUUUAACUCGAGGGAUCAUGUAUUUGGCAUGAUGAGGACCACAGAGAACUUCGAGGAGCCUAGUGCCACACUAAACCCUAACAGGACCCCCAGGGGAAGGUACAUUUAUCUGGAAGCGUUCCUGCAGGGAGGAGCUCCCUGGGGUUUUACUUUGAAAGGUGGCCUGGAGCACGGAGAACCAUUAAUCAUCUCUAAGAUCGAAGAAGGGGGCAAAGCGGACCUGGUGAGCUCCAAACUUCGGGCCGGGGAUGAGGUGGUGCACAUCAACGAGGUGGCGCUGAGCAGCUCCAGAAGGGAGGCCGUUUCCCUGGUGAAAGGAUCCUACAAGACCCUGAGGCUGGUGGUGCGCAGAGAUGCGUGUGCAGACCCAGGCCCUGUAGAUACUGGCACCUCUGACUCCUUCAGCCCGGAGCACCUCACCUCUGAUACCCCACACAGGAGAGCAGCAUGGUCAGGAGGAGUUAAACUGCGGCUGAAGCACAGGCGCAGUGAACCUGUGGGCCGACCUCACUCCUGGCAUUCAACCAAAUUUGGAGACAGCCAACCCGAUGCCAGCAUGAUGCAGAUAUCUCAGGGCACGAUUGGCACUCCUUGGCCCCAAAGCUACCAUUCCAGCUCCUCUACCAGUGACCUCUCCAACUAUGACCAUGCUUAUCUGAGGCGGAGCCCUGACCAGUGCAGCUCCCAGGGGAGCAUGGAGAGCCUGGAGCCCAGCGGAGGAUAUCCGCCCUGCCACCUUCUCUCCCCGGCCAAGUCCACCAGCAGCAUCGACCAGCUCAGCCACCUCCAUAACAAGAGAGACUCGGCUUACAGCUCCUUCUCCACCAGUUCUAGCAUCCUUGAGUAUCCACCCCCGGGCGUCUCUGGCCGGGAGCGCUCAGGCUCCCUGGACACCAUUUCUGCUCGAGGUGGCCUCCUAGAAGGGAUGAGGCAGGCAGACAUUCGCUAUGUCAAGACAGUCUAUGACCCCCGGAGGGGAGUCUCGGCCGAGUAUGAGGUGAACUCUUCAGCCCUCCUUCUCCAAGCUAGGGACACCCGAGCAUCCACAGAUGGUCAGGGCUAUGAUAAAUGGCAUAAUGUUCCUCGGGGCAAGGGAGCGCCACCUGCUUCCUGGAGCCAGCAGUGCCCCAGUUCUUUGGAGACCGCUGCUGACCACUUGCCUCCUAAAGUGGGCGCACCUCUGCCCCCGGCUCGGAGUGACAGUUAUGCCGCCUUUCGGCAGCGGGAACGGCCCGGCUCUUGGUCCAACCUCGAUCAGAAACGGUCCUGCCGGCCUCAGGCCAACUCUGCAGGCGCCCUGAAAUCUCCCUUCAUGGAGGAACAGCUGCAUACGGUGCUAGAGAAGAGUCCAGAAAACAGCCCCCCCGUGAGGCCCAAGCAUAAUUACACGCAGAAGGCCCAGCCUGGCCAACCUCUGCUGCCAACUGGCAUCUACCCGGUACCUGCCCUGGAGCCACACUUUGCCCAGGUGCCCCAGUCUUCCGUAAGUAGUAAUGGCACGCUCUACCCUGCACUGGCCAAGGAGGGCGGGUACACCACUCCCCAGGGAGUUUGCGACAAGAUGGCUGCCCUUGACGAGAAUGGGAACCAAAAUGGCUCUAGCAGGCCUGGCUUUGCCUUCUGCCAGCCCCUAGAACAUGACUCCGUGUCCCCAGUAGAGAGGAGACCCGAGACUUCAGCCAAAUGUGUCCCCUACAAAGUCCAUUUCCCUUCAGUGCCUGAAAACGAGGAGGAGACCUCCCUGAAGAGACACCUCACACCUCUCCAGUGUGACAGCCCACUUCCCAGUGAGAGAAAGAGCUCCCACGGCAACAAGUACUCUCAUUACCAUGGCCUCCAGUCCCCUCAGGCUCAGGCCUGGCACGUGGGUGAAGACAAGCGAUCUUUCACGCCCUCAGAGCCUUGGGAGGGGGAUUUUCAUGAAGACCAUAAUGCCAACAUCCAGCGGAGGCUCGAGAGAGGCAGCCUAGGCCAGAGCAUGCCAAGCAACUUUGGCAAGACCAAAUCUGCCUUCUCCUCCCUCCAGAACAUUCCUGAGAGUCUAAGAAGGCAGAGCAGCCUAGAUUUAGGAGGGGGAGCCCAGGAUGUAUACCUGGAUGGCCGGCCGACUUGUGCAGUCAAUGCCAAGGCAGAGGACUCUGGAAGGAAAGUUGUUCCUGAUCACAGGAGCCACCUGGACAGGUCAAUUUCUUGUCCAAGGCCGGAGGGGAGAACUAGUGCCUUGGCUUCUUUCCACAGUUCAGACCCAGGGUAUGAAGAGCCGCUCUCCCCACGCCCCCAGGAGACAUGGAGCCUGGGCCGAAGGAGGCUCAGCUCCAGCAGCGCCUCGACUUUGCAGGGCUUUCAGUACGGGAAGCCCCACUGCUCAGUGCUGGAGAAGGUUUCCAAGAUCGAGCAGCGAGAGCAAGGGAGCCAGAGACCCCCAAGUGCGGGCAGCAGCUCGAGUUAUGCCUAUAACCACAGGCCCAACAGGACAUUUCCAACUUCCAAUCCUUUGGAAGAGACAAAAGCCCACAUCCGUUUUUCCGAAUCCACUGAAUCCCUAGGCAGUGGGGAGCAGCACUUCAAAAACGAGGAGCCAAAGUCAGGAGAGGCUUCCUGGCAGCCGUGUGGUCAACAGCCGAGGCGGGGUCCUGAAGGCGGCCGGGGCCCCCAACUACGGGCCGGAGAACCCACCAGGCGGGACACUCGCCUACUCCGCAGCCAGAGCACCUUCCAGCUCUUCAGCGAGGCCGACAAGGAGGCUGUCUGGCGGGACGAGAGGCCUGGCACGCCCAAGUCGCCUGAGUCGCCAGUGCCAGACGCCCCCUUCAGCCGCGCCUAUCGGAAUAGCAUCAAGGAUGCACAGUCCCGUGUCCUGGGGGCCACCUCCUUUCGACGCCGGGACCUCGAGUUGGGGACGCCCGUGGCUUCCAGGCCCUGGCAGCCGCGACCUGCAUCGGCCCAUGUGGCGCUGCGGAGCCCCGAGGCGCGUGUUUCCACCUCCCCGCACACCCCGCGGGAGCGGCACAGCGUGACCCCGGCCGAGGGCGACCCAGCCCGGCUUGCGCCCCCCGCCGCGCGGAGAGGGGCACGCCGGCGCCUGACCCCUGAGCAGAAGAAACGCUCUUACUCGGAACCCGAGAAGAUGCACGAGGUGGGGGUCUUGGAGGAGGCCGAUCCGGCGACCCCGGGCCCUCCGAGGAAGGGGCCGCAUUUCGCCGAGAACUCGGUGGCUGACCGGCGCCGUAUCUUCGAGCGCGACGGCAGGGCGUGCUCGACACUCAGCCUGUCCGGGCCCGAGCUGAAGCAGUUCCAGCAGAGCGCCCUGGCCGACUACAUUCAGCGCAAGACCGGCAAGAGGCCCGCCGCCGGCCUCCAGGAGCCCCGGCCGCUGCGGGAGCGCGCCCAGAGCGCCUACCUCCAGUCCUCGCCCGCGACGCCCGAGGGCCCCGGCCUCGCUGCGGCCUCCAGCCUCUCCUCGCUGCGGGAGCCCAGCCUGCCGCCCUGCAGGGAGGCCACCCACCUGCCGGCCGCCGCAGUGGGGGGUGGCGGGGAGCCCUCGCGGGUCCCUCGAGAUCGCAGCAGCUCCUUCGCCGGUGGCCGCCUCCUUGGGGACCGGCGCCGUGGGGACCAAGCCCCAAGAGAGCUGCUCGGUGGAGCUAACGGCGGGCCAAAGGGCCCCCAGAGGCUGGACCGGACCCCUGGGGAGCCCUCCUCGUGGGGGGCCGUGGCCGGGAGGGCUGGGAAGUCCAUGUCGGCCGAGGAUCUGCUGGAGCGCUCAGACGUCCGUGCCGUCCCUGUCCACAUGAGGUCACGGUCAUCUCCCAUCGCAGACAAGCGCCAGGAUGUGCUUUUGGGGGACAGCAGUGGCUUUGGUCGUGUGAAGGAUCCAUGUUAUUUGCCUGAGCCAGGACCCAGGUCAUUCAGCUGUUUCGAAAGAGGCCUUGAAGAGAUGCCAUCGCUCAGACACCAUCCCAGCCCUCGUUGGGGGAGUUCAGGCUGCAAAGCAGGUGGCAGUGCUUCCGUGGCCAGCGAGGGUCCUGGAGCUCCGGACCCUCCGAGGCCUGCUGGCCGAACGCCUUGCCCCCAGCCGCUGCCCAGUGGAGCGCAGGGGCAUCUCCCAGACCCCCAGGCUGCGCCCCUGAGCCCGCUCGGCUCAGCCCCGCCUGCUCCUGGCCCCUUGAGCACUGGCAGUGACGAGCAGCAGCCUCCGCCACCCAGCACCCCAGCAGGGACCCCCAGAAGCAGCGGGCCCGGCAGCCCGGAGCGCGGGCGGGAAGCGGGAGCAGGGAAGCGGGCCUCACCGCCCUGGCUGACGCGGGCCCACGCGGUCAGAGAGGACAGAGAGGACAGCCUCCCCGGGGAGCCCGCGGCGCCCGCCUGCGCCGACCUGAAGCCCCGCACGAAGCCGCAGGACCUCCCGAGCCCCAGCAGCACUUCCGACCCAGACACGCCUCUCAGGGCCCCCAGCUCCCCGGGUAGGGUCUCCCUCCGGAUAUCUGAAUCUGCGUUGCUGGCCUCCCCGCUGCCUCCGGAGGACUAUGACAACGACGAGGUGUUCGUGAGGGACCUGCGCCCCACCUGCCAACCAGCGCCUCUCCCACCCCCGCCUCCUCCGCCCAGACCCAGCGACGAAGCCCCGGCCGACAGCCUGGACGACUUCCCUCCGCCUCCUCCCCAAGCUAUGUUCCAGGCCCAGUGGGACAGUGAGGGCUACUGUGAGCCCCACACCAGCAGCUCCAGCAAACUUGCCAAGGUGACAGUUGCCAAGGAAAGGCCCAUGCCUGGUGCAGCCCAUUUGGUUGAUAGUCAGAUACUGGCUUUGGCUUCCAGAUCCCAAACUUCUAUCAAGAGUUCAGAGGCCAAUGAGCCCAACUCGCUCUCCGCCACCGGUGCUCUGCCUCAGCCUGCUGGGUCUCUCAGCAAGCAGCCAAGCCCAGGGCAGCCACCUCCCAUCCAGACGCAACGCCUCGUCCAUGACCCAGUCAGUGGGCCUCAGGGUUUAGAAAAGAAUGUCAGUUCUGGUCCUCAGAAGACCUCAGAAGACAUCAGAACAGAGGCUCUGGCCAAGGAAAUUGUCCACCAAGACAAAUCUCUGGCAGACAUUUUAGAUCCAGACUCCAGAAUGAAGACAACUAUGGACCUGAUGGAAGGUUUGUUUCCCCGAGAUACUAACUUGAUGCAGGAAAACAGCAUAAAGAAGAAGGCCAUGCAGAAAAUUGUCAGCUUCCCAGGAUGUGAAGCCAAGAGGAGUGAAGACAAGGAAGCGGUGGGCAGGUUGGUCAACUGCCCUGCCUACUACAGUGUGUCUGCUCCCAAGGCUGAACUUCUGAAUAAAAUCAAAGAUAUGCCAGAGGAAGUGAAUGAGGAAGAGGAGCAGGCAGAUGUCAAUGAAAAGAAGGCAGAGCUCAUUGCGAGCCUCACUCACAAGCUGGAGACCCUCCAGGAGGCGAAGGGGAGCCUGCUCAUGGACAUCAAGCUCAACAAUGCCCUGGGGGAGGAGGUGGGGGCCUGGAUCGGCGAGCUCUGCAAGCCCAACGAGAUUGACAAGUACAAGAUGUUCAUUGGGGACUUGGACAAGGUCGUGAACCUGCUGCUCUCCCUCUCGGGGCGCCUGGCCCGCGUGGAGAAUGUCCUCAGCGGCCUUGGUGAAGAUGCCAGUGACGAGGAAAGGAGCUCUCUUAAUGAGAAGAGGAAGGUCCUGGCUGGGCAGCACGAGGACGCCCGGGAGCUCAAGGAGAACCUGGACCGACGGGAGCGUGUGGUGUUGGACAUCCUGGCCAAUUACCUCUCAGAGGAGCAGCUCCAGGAUUACCAGCAUUUUGUGAAAAUGAAGUCCACGCUCCUCAUCGAGCAGCGAAAGCUGGACGACAGGAUCAAGCUGGGCCAGGAGCAGGUCAAGUGUCUGCUGGAGAGCCUCCCCGCGGACUUCGUCCCCAAGGCAGGCACCCUGGCUCUGCCCCCGGACCUCGCCAGCGACCUGACUCCUGUGGGGGGGUGUCCUGCUAGUGGUACUUUGCCAACAGUAGCCUCUCCACUUUAACCUCUCCUGCAGUCCCCCCCCUAAAGAUCACCCCUUCUCUCAACACUAUUUAAUCCGAAAAGCGUUUCAGUACAAGCCACCCUUUCAACUGUAUGGGUUAUUGGGGGUUUUCUGGAUAAAAGGAAAGCAUUCUAUCCGGGAAAAAGCCUGUGUUUUCCCUCUCGCCCUUCAUGAUUGAUCUUCUAAGAGCUUGAAUGCUGCUGGGAACUUACUCCUUUCUAUUGUUACUUCGUAGUAGAAAGAAGAUUAAUGAAACUGAGAACUGAUUGGAGGGUGUUCGGUUGAUCGUUGAGCUUUUCACAGGCUGAGGCAACCUGGGUCGGUGUGUGUCGCCCUGGGAAUGCACCCGCAGGGGCCUUCCUUGCUUGGGGGCAGCGUGUCCCGACAGCAGGGACAAGUGCUUAUUACGGAAGGGCCUGCAGCAUAAAGCCUUAAAAAGAAACACACAGAGAAGAAACUGUCAGACCUUGAACUCUGCUAUUUAUAUUUUUAAAAAUGAAAAAGAUCAUCAUUUGUGUGCUAACCCUUUAUUUGAUUCUGUUGUGUGGUGACCAUAGACAGCUACGUUUGAGCUUUGUAUUUUGUGAAAACCUUAAUUAAUGAAGAAUUCCAAAGAUA